AGUCUUUUGCGGGGGCUGCGUGAGUUUGCGCAUGCGCAGGUGAGGAGUCGUUUGACAGGCUGUUGUUUGUUGCUGUCAGGAUUUCGUUAUAUCGCGUUAUGUCGCGACACGGGCGACACGCAGGUGAGACGAAGGUGUACGUGGGUAACCUGGGCACCGGGGCAGGUAAGGGUGAGCUGGAGCGGGCGUUCGGUUACUACGGGCCGCUGAGGACCGUGUGGAUCGCUCGCAAUCCUCCGGGAUUCGCCUUCGUGGAGUUCGAGGAUCCCAGAGAUGCUGAGGACGCUGUGCGUGGCCUCGAUGGCAAUGUGAUCUGCGGCUCUCGAACGCGUGUGGAAUUGUCCACCGGAAUGCCACGGCGUUCCCGAUACGACCGUCCGCCCACCCGCCGGCCCUUCGACCCGAGCGACCGCUGCUACGAGUGCGGCGAGAAGGGCCACUACGCGUACGACUGCCACCGCUACAGCCGCCGGCGCCGGAGCAGGUCUCGAUCCCGUUCACACUCUCGCUCUCGGUCCAGAGGGAGGAGAUACGGGCGCUCUCGCAGCCGCAGCAGGGGGAGAAGGUCCAGAUCUUUCUCUCCUCGUCGUUCUCGCUCUGGUUCUCCCAGACGCUCCAGAUCUGUGACGCCCAAACGCUCCAGGUGUGUGACAUACACACUUCAGGCAGAGCGGGAAAAGUUUAAAUCGCAAUAUUGCCAAACUCUCAUUAUAAUCGCAUGUAAAGGUACUCAUUGUGUCUCUGAGGCGUUUGGUUCUGUCAUUUGAGUUGAUUGUUUCUUUGACCGGUCCAGGUCCCGCUCUCGCUCCCGAUCCGGCUCCGCUCCCAGGAACAGGUCUGGUUCAGUCGGGAGGUCCAAAUCCGGCUCUCCAGCUAGAAGUCGUUCGCCUUCCCGAAGCCCUGCCAGAAGUGAGAGUCCCGAGCGAGACUGAAGCUCCUGUUCUAGUGUGUGUGUUUGUUAUCCGGGGCUUCGGCUCAGUUCUUAUUGCAGUACAGCUGAAGUAAUAAUAAAAAAAUGCCAGUUUGAUUGUAAGGAAGCUCUUGUGUGAGGAGCAGAAUAUUCUGAGUUGAUUUUUCUCUAGAUGAGGAGAGAGUUUGUCUGAUUUUCUACAUGUUUUGUUGUGCGGUUCACGUGUUCCUGCAUCAGUUUGAGUUUUGUAUGCAUAAUAAAUAAAGUUAAAACACAUUC